CAACUUGACUUCGUCCAGCACUUAGAAAUCGAUAUUGAACCUAGUACAAGCAUGCCGGGUCGUACUACGCCUCACGAUUUUCAAUAUCACAGUCCCAGGGUGACAACACCGGAUAGGAGCUCCUCAGAAUCCGACCAGAGGGAAAACGGCAACAAGGUUUUCACGAAUGGAUCUAGCAUAAUGGUAACUGAAGGCGAUCUUUUGCAGCCUGAAAGGAUCCAUAAUGGGAUUGUGUUCAAUGUUAUCAAGAAAGAAGACUUGUCACCUUCAAGUAGGAGUCAUGAUAGUUUUAGCAAUGAAGUCGCCGAGUCUAUCCAAAUUUAUUGUCCAGGGAAGGAGAUGGACACUGCUAGCACAGUUUCUGAUUCCGAAAAUGGCGACAAUGAAACAAUUACCCUAGACAACAACUCCGAAGUUGAUUCCAGUGCCGAUUUGGGUAAGGAUAAAACCGUUGCUGACCGUUAACUCUUGGCAAUUUUCCCUGGUGAGUUCAAUACUUCGAUGCUAUUGAACGUAGAUUGUUAAUAGCAUGAAAUUUGGUCUUGCCAAGGAAAAUAUUUACUUACCCUUAUAAGUUAUGUGUUCUUAGUGUAGAUCAUUACACCCACUUAUGAAAAUAUC